UUAUCCAAACAACACAAAUACUUCACCCUAAAAUGAACUCCUAACACACACAUCAAACCAUGACCACCAUUCUCAAUCCCACCAUUUCCUUACUCCAAACCAAGAUCAUAAAAUCAUCGCAUUACAACCCCAAACAUGCCCAUAAAACCUUGACGAUUCAAUCAUCGACUUUUAAUGACAAAAAUUCAAAUCGACGAAAAUUUUUGGCGUCAACAUUGCUUGGAGGAAUAGGUGUAAAUGUAGCAAACUCGCCAUUGAAAGCACAAGCGGAAGAGCUUAAAUGGGGAACACGUUCAUUUAUAUGGGAACGGUUUUUCGAGCCGGGUUUAUCACCGGAAGAAGCUGUGGCUAGGAUUAAGAACACUGCGGAAGGACUUCAUAGUCUAAGACAUAUGUUGGAGAGUAUGUCUUGGCGGUAUGUUAUAUUUUAUAUUAGGCUUAAACAAGCUUAUUUGAAACAGGAUAUGAAGAGUGCUUUGGCUAUGGUUCCAAUUGGAAGGCAAGAUGAUUAUGUUAAUGUUGCUAAUGAAUUGGUUGAUAACAUGGCUGAGUUUGAUUAUUAUGUUCGAACACCAAAAGUAUUCGAGUCAUAUCUGUUCUAUGAGAAGACAUUAAAAUCCAUAGACAGUCUCUUGUCAUUCCUAGUAUAAGCUCUGUAAUCAAAAAACAGGGUACUCUGUUUCUACUCUUCCAUUCCUACUUUUGCUUUUAGUUCAGUACAUAGAAGUACUGCUGUAAUGUUAAACAUUCAUGUUCCAAAACUUUUUUCAUGGUUCAAGUUCUAUCUAUUUUAUAUCA